UUGGCCACUCUCCAUGACAAAAAUAUCAACGCAGCGACACGCUGUUCUGAACAUUGACAGUGUUCAACCUCCCUAUGAGCCCGCAGUGAGACAGCACAGGCGAUGAAGAGAUCACCUUCUCUCCGCAAGAGCCGUCGUGGCCUCGCUCCAUUCGCCCCGACUCCUUCUCGCCUGUCGCACUCCACUUCAGCUCACGAGCUCAGAAAUCGUCAUAAUCUAGACGACGACGAGGAGGCGGAUGAGGAUGAGGUGGAGAAGCUGAAGCCGCAAGACGAGCCGAGAACGGAUCAGGGCAUACAAACAGGCUCGUUCAAAUUCUCGCAAGGAUCAAGUGCUCAGCAGACCACGCCCGGUCGAUUCAGUACCCCUAUCCGGAAUAGGUCCAUUGGGACCGGUGGGCUGCCAGCAUCGCCACGAACGCCUGAGAUCCACUAUUCACCCUUUGCGACAUCCACACCUCCCAGUGGUCUCAGCAAGAGUACAAGUGUGCCCUUCGAUAUGGCCGCCAAUGAUAAGGCUGCGAGGCGUCUGGAUGUAGAGCUAAGGCAGAAGAAGGAGAUCACACCUACGCCGAGGAAGAAGAGAUUCGUUAGGCGCAAACCACUUCUGGAGAGAAUAGCAGCAUACCCUCAGCAACUCGCUGAUAUGUGGCUGCUGAACUGGCCGCCUUCUUUUGAAAACAUCUCACCACCUGCCCAUUAUGCCAAUCCCAUCGCUUUGGGUACUCACGUCCUCCACUGGCUCGUCUUGGCUCCCCUACUCCGACGAGAAGACGAGCCUCAAACUGUCCUCCGUGAUACCUCGGUAGAGAAUCGCUGGUCAAGAUUCGAUGAUGAUGAGAGCAGCCAGCGGUCGAACCUGGCAGGGUGGAAGACCUUUAUCUUCACCUUGCUGCUCAUCACCUUGACGUCUGCGAACUCUAUCUACCUCUUCACGCGCUACAGAACGUAUGACAUGCAGCUACGAUCAGUAAGUCGGGCGCUGCGCGCCCAUUCCUCCACGCGACUGAUUUUCCUUCAGGGUCGAGAUGCCCCAGUGUCGCCCCACGCCUCACCCGUCUCAACGCCUCACGCACCUCGCCGAGACUCUGAUAUCAAUGAUCUGAGCUCAAACAAUUCUUCAAAGGUCAGGUCGUCGCUCAUCGGCACCAUUCGUGCUAUCAAGACCAUCAUCGUUUGGGCCUAUACGGGUAUCCUUGCCAUCUUUGGCCAUCAUGCGGCGGGACUUGGAAACGGAUUUGGCGCCGGCCAAGGCGGGGACACUAUCCAACGAUUGAGGGUCUGGGAACCUCCCGACUUCGCACUGCAUUUCUUUUGUGCAUAUCCUCCUUCUGCACCUCUUCUCUCUUACCUACUCGCCCCGAUUCAUCCCUUUCUCACUCCCUUCUUGCACCUAAUCACGUCUUUCCUCCUCACCCACCUCGCUGGAUCCUACUCUCAAUUUGUUAAGGACCGUAUGGUACUCUCAGCAGAAGUCAUGAGGGAAUAUGAUCAACGCUUUGUGUAUCGUAAAGUCUUUGCUCCUCGAGUGGACAGAGGGGUAGGAACUCACGAUGGACCAUGGUACGACUUGUAGAUAAUUAGAUGAGCUUGACGAGGACAUACUGUGCAUAAGUAUUACGGAUCAUGUGUGCUGAUAGCUGACUGAACGGCGUUCAUUCCCAGACCUCCCGGUUGCCGACCUCUUGAAACGAGUCCUCGCCAACACUAAUGAUCCUUUGAUUGACAGACUCCCACAGCUCUCCUUUCAGUCUCUAUGU